UUCCCUAAUCCUUCCUAUCACAUUAUUCACACACGCUUGACACAUGUUGAUUAUUUUGUAUUCACAUAAACAAUAUGUAUAUAAUAAGACAGCCGAAACGUACUUUGAGAGAGAUUAAGUUUUCAGUGAUUUUUGACCUUCUUAAAGGGAUAGAGAGAGAGAGAGAGAGAGAGAGAGAGAGAGAGAGAGAGAGAGAGAGAGAACGAUGGAGAUAUCGAAAUACAAGGCGGUGUUGGCGUUAGUGUUUUUGCAGUUCACGUCGGCGGGAGUUGCACUCUUCACGAAAGCUGCUUUCACGGAAGGACUCACUCCCACCGUCUUCGUUGUUUACCGUCAAGCCAUCGCCACUGUCUUCAUCUGCCCCAUCUCUUUCUUUUCCGCUUGGAAAAAAGAAAACAAACCUUGUCUCGGAGUAAGAGGCUAUUGGUGGGUGGCUCUCACGGCUGUUAUUGGUGUGACUGUGAACCAGAACGCUUAUUUCAAAGGGCUUGACUUGUCUUCUUCAUCAUUGGCUUGUACCAUGACCAAUCUUAUUCCUGCCGUCACCUUCAUUAUAUCCGUCAUUGUUGGAUACGAGAGUAUUAAGAGGAGUAGUAUGAAAAGUGUUGCAAAAGUGAUAGGAACAGGUGUGUGUGUGGGAGGAGCCAUGACAAUGACUUUUCUCAGAGGUCCCAAAUUGCUCAACGCUCUGCUCAACCAAGACAGCACCACUUGGUUACUCGGCUGCAUAUUUCUUGUCAUUAGUACAUUCGCUUGGUCCCUAUGGUUGAUCUUUCAGAUCCCUAUUGCCUCUCACUGUCCUGAUCACUUGUACACUUGCUCCUGGAUAUGUUUCAUUGCUACCGUAUCCUCUUUCCUAGUGGCUCUCGCCUUAGGAAACACUCAUUUAUCACCAUGGAAGCUUGAUUCCUCUUUGAAGCUCUCCUGUUGCAUAUACUCUGGCAUCCAAUUGGCGAUAACUUUCUUUCUACAAGCUUGGGUCGUGUCACAGAAAGGACCUCUGUUCUCUGCCCUAUUCAACCCUCUUUCAGCAAUCAUCACCACUUUCUUCGGGGCUUUGUAUUUACAAGAACAGACUUACCUCGGGAGCUUGCUAGGCGCUUUGGCUAUCAUCCUUGGUCUCUACGUUGUUCUCUGGGGAAAAUCCGAAGACUAUGAAGAAGAAUACAUAGACCUAAAAUUGGAAGAUGGACACACCACUUCCUCCCAAGCUGACAUUGCUUCCAUUGUGAUUGGUGAUAAGAUCUUCCGUAGUUCAGAGCUCUUAGAACCUCUUCUCAUGUAUCGAGCUUGCCACGCUGGCUCAGAGGUGUCUUGCUCGAACCCACUUUUCAUAUAUAGCCUCUUCGCUGCUUCAUUGUCCACGGUUAAAUGCACGAACAUAUCCGUUAUGCCUGAACCAUUCCACAACUUUUUUUGUAAAGAAAAAACUCCAAUUUGGACAAGUCUAAUUAACGAGUUUGAUUAAAACGUUCUUAAUUACCCCAUUCUCUACCAACUUCCUUAGACUUUUCAAUGAGUUUGUAACCAAUAAGUUCAGCAUUGUUUUUCAACAUCAAACACCUCUGGUUUUGUUCCAGCAAUUUCAUCAGGAAGCCAACGGCAUUGGUUAA